AACUGCGUCGACGCCAUUUUAGCCGGUCCCAUUCCGCCCUAGGUGUGGCGGCCAUUUUGUUUUCCACACGGAGCGGGAGUUGACGGCAGCGGCCGUGGUGAAAGGAAGGAAAGGGCAGGCCGGGUGAGCAGGCUGACCGGCCGACCGGACGACCAGCCAACAGCCACGAACCAACUUAGCAACCUACCGCUUAACACAUCUAGCCAACCGCCCACCAAGUUAACCCGAGUCCCUCCACCGUCAACUCAGGUUUGGCCGGCCCCCGGCCCGCCUGCCGCAGCCGUGGUGGCAGCCCCGGGAGCAGCACUGGCGUCCGUUUCCUUCGAUUCUCGGGAUUUGAAGAUGGCUGCACAGUCUGCACCGAAAGUUGUGCUAAAAAGCACCACCAAGAUGUCUCUAAAUGAGCGCUUUACUAAUAUGCUGAAGAACAAACAGCCGAUGCCAGUGAAUAUUCGGGCUUCGAUGCAGCAACAGCAGCAGCUAGCCAGUGCCAGAAACAGAAGACUGGCCCAGCAGAUGGAGAAUAGACCCUCUGUCCAGGCAGCAUUAAAACUUAAGCAGACUUUAUAUGCAAGUCCGGACAGUGGCUGUGGAAGGAUAUGUCCAAGCUGUGGCUGGGCGUCUGGAGGGCGGUGCCAUGCAACUGUAAAAAGUGGACCGUCUGGAGAUAGAUACUCAGAGGAAAAAUGGACACACUGGCCUCUUUGACUGAGAAAUCAAACUUGUUCUUAUGUCACAAGAAUUCACACGAACUUAUAAUUUAAAUUUUGCCCAGAGUGUGAUGAACUUCCUUUGGUGUUUGAGUAAGCCUUUGAAGAGAGUGGUAGUCCUUGGGCAGGUAUGAAUCAAGUCAUAUCAUUGUCAACUUGUGGUUCAAAAUCAGCAGAAUCCACAAUCUAAAAUAUAAUGUUCUUAUUAAAAUUUUACAUUCCAAGUAGUGUGGUAUAUGACUUCUAUAGUCAAACUAGUGAGAUAAUUUGUGGUGAUGCCAAUUUCAUGGAACCAUACUCAAGCUUCUUAGAAGCUCUGGAUCAAAAUUCUGCUUUUCUUACACUGUGUUCUGAGGCAAAGGCUUGCUUCUGGUUUGGGAUCCUUGACAGCAAGUGCAGGUUUAUUUCCCACCACACAGACAUCUCGCUUCUUUUUCUCUGCACUUUUAGUUGCUAAAUCCCAUUGGAUUGCUUUUUUGAUCUCAAUUCCCUAACACCUUUUCUUCCAGAAGAGCUUAAAGCAGCGCCUGGGUAAGAGUAACAUCCAGGCACGGUUAGGCCGACCCAUAGGGUCCUUGGCCAGGGGAGCAAUCGGAGGAAGAGGCCUGCCCAUUAUCCAGAGAGGCUUGCCCAGAGGAGGACUUCGUGGGGGACGUGCCACAAGAACCCUGCUUAGGGGCGGGAUGUCGCUCCGAGGUCAGUGCUGUGUACCUGACAAUUGUUCGGGACCCACCCCCUUCCCGUUUCUCUUGGGCUGCUAUGGACACAUUUGUUUAACAUCUUUAAGCCUGAAUUUGUAUUAAUAUAAUUAAUAACUUUUGAAAUCACGUAUUUUUAAUAGUGCUGCAUGUCUUUUAUCGAUACCAUUCCUUUUCUGAUAAUGUGCAAUGGUGAGAGGCUAUGACCUGCGUAACAACAGGUAAUUCAUGUCAUCUCCAUUCCAUCUUAAAACACCCUGCUGCUGCUUGAAUCAGAGCACAUUCAAGUUCUAGAAAUAAGUCAAAUUAAGAAAUCUAUGGGUCUUUUGGCCUAUAUCUUAACUGAUCAUUCGUUCCUGGUUCUAUUCUAGUGAAACACUGUUAAACCUGGGGGAAAAAAAAAGAGGGCAAGUUGACCCAUAGCUCUUAAUUAUAUGUUACAUUUUGGGCACUGUUAUACUGUUCCCUAUAUAGUUCUUGUCCCCUGCAAAAAUGUACUGAGAGCAGGAAUCAUAUCAUUUAUCUUUAAAUCUUAUCAUAAUGCUAGGCACCUCUCUGUGAUUAUUCAGUAGAUACUUAUUAAUGUGUAUACUUACUAAUUGACUUAACUGCCAACUUCUUCCAAAAAUGGAUUUGUGGUCAGACUUGUUGAAUUGAUUGAAUAAAGAGCAGCUUAAUCUGUUCAUACUCAGUGUGCAGCUUGCCCCACCCAACCUAAAAAUUAACUGAAUUAACUCUCAUUUAACCCUCACCGCCUUCCUUUGGUUAGAAUCUACUUUGUCUCUCUUGGAUUUACCUGCAUAUACAUUGUAUGCCUCCUCUCCAAGGUCAAAACCUGCUCCGAGGUGGACGAGCCGUAGCUCCCCGAAUGGGCUUAAGAAGAGGUGGUGUUCGAGGUCGUGGAGGUCCUGGGAGAGGGGGCCUAGGGCGUGGAGCUAUGGGUCGUGGCGGAAUCGGUGGUAGAGGUUAGUCAGCUACCAACUUCAGAGACUAGCUUCCCCUUAUUUCUCUCCCUUCAAAACUCAGAGCCACCUUUCUGCACAGCUUCAAGUCAUAGGCAGGCUUAUUUGUUUGUCUUGUUUGUUUUAUGAAACUGGCUUAUUUUCUAAAUACACAUGCUGGUAGUGUGAAAGUCUGUCAUGGGUUUUCCAAGAAUAGUUAGGUAUGUGUUACAGAACCAGAUUAUACGCAGUCUUCUUUCAGGUUCUUGCAAAUUUAAAUUGUAUUAUUAAAAUGACAAGAUGGUCAGUUAAGGGUUUUAUCUUUUUCUGUCCCUACCCCACCACCACACAGCCCACCUCAUAGCUCAAAACCCCACUUUGAGUCUAAUAAUAGAGAAGAGGGGGUUGAACAAAAGUAAAGCAGAGUUAAAGAAGAUGGUAGACUUGAAGCUAGGUAUUGACUCAGUUUGUGUCUAUGCAAAACCAGAGAUUUUUCCAUCAAAGUAGAAAAAGCAAGAUGUUAUGGUGUCAGUUAAUUAACUGACUCUUGUUGAUAAUCUUACCUCAAGACUUAGUGAUACUUGUCUUGUGACCUCAUGGCCCAGAUUGGAAAAGAAUUUUUAAUGGUGUUGCUGCUGUUAAUACCAAAUCUCAUGGGAGUUUUCUGGCUUAGAGCUUAGUGGAAAACUCCCAACAACACCUGUCCAGGAAAAAAAUACAUACAUUCUUGUAGCCCCUGUGUAUAUUUGCUUUGGUCCUUUUAAAGUGUGUGGUGGGUCUUCCAUAAUUUAUGACCUUGAAGUAGCCAGGGGAUAAUAACUGUUGAGAAAGGACAUUUGAUAACUUGAUGGCUUGUUUUCUUCUCUCGCAUUAUAUGUUGCUUGGCUUAUUGAGUGAAGUGCAAGCUAGUUUGGGUUUCAGGAUGAAAUAGCAUGUUCAAAUUAUCUUGACUUGGUUUCUGAGAGAGACAUCACAAGGAUUUUGUGGGGAGGAGUCUAAAGUAGCUUUUCAGAAAGCUGGGUAUGUUUUGUUAAGUGAAUUGAAACCACCUCUCAGAUAACCAUAAUUGUUACAAUGUGAAUAGAAUCAGGAGACAGAAAUGGCUGGGACUACUCCAAGUGUUUUUUCCCAACUCCCUUAAUUGUUCCUAUGUCAGAAUAACUCCUCAGUCUGCUGACAUAGGAUCAGCCAGCUCCUUAGGUUUGAUAAAUUUGAGGAGAGAUGAGCUAAUUUUUCUGAAGGAUCGCCAAUGAAGUUUAAUUUGAAAACUGUCUAGCUUCACAUCCCUGUUUCUCUGUGCCCUUUUUACUUCCUCCCUAUCUUAGUAAAUGGAGUUAUCUAUAAUGUAUUUGCAUUUUAAUUAUAAACUUAUAGUGAGUCAAAUUUUUUAGUUUCUCCAUUUUGAGAGAGAUUAAAAAAAUUUUAAUUAUCAGUUAUUUUCCCUUUGAUAGAAUAAAAAAAAUUAGCAUUUAGAAAUGAGCAUGUAAGAAGGGAUUCAUUAUGUGUGCUUUCCAUGUGUUGCUUUCUACCCAGUGUGUUUCCUGUUUUUCCAGAUUUCUCCUCUUUGCCCUGCCCUUCAGCCUUUCUCAGCUAGGCCCCUCUGCUCUGAGGGGCAUUUACCAUAGUACCCAUUAAACAUACUUGUAACUGUUUUCUUCUUUUUUCUUUGGGCCAGGUCGGGGUAUGAUAGGUCGGGGAAGAGGGGGCUUUGGCGGCAGAGGCCGAGGCCGUGGACGAGGGAGAGGUGCCCUUGCUCGCCCGGUACUGACCAAGGAGCAGCUGGACAACCAGUUGGAUGCGUACAUGUCGAAAACAAAAGGACACCUGGAUGCUGAGUUGGAUGCUUACAUGGCUCAGACAGAUCCAGAAACCAAUGAUUGAAGCGUGCCCACCCUCCUGUAAGACUCUUGUUCAAGUCACACAUCUGUAAAUAACCUUAAGAUAACAGAUGAGAAGAAAGCUGACGGAUACUGAACGGACCUAUCAUAAUAGGCUGUGGACUGACUUGCCACAAGUUUGUGCGUUUAGUGUGUUCCUUUUACUUUUUGAUACUAUGUUGUAUGAAACCCUUUUUUUCCCCUCUGAGUGGGGUUUUGUUUUGUUUUGUUAUUUGGUGGGGAGGGGUUUCCUUCACCCAGAAUUUUCUUUGAACAUGAAUGUGUUAGCCUUGUGGCUAGUACACCUCCUUCCCCCAUCUGCCUCCACUCAUCUGUCAUAUGCUUUGACAGUCUUAACAUUUCCUCUGCUUAUUUUGGUGCCCCAUGAAAAAGUCCCAGAAAGCCCACCAGUGUUCCACCUUAAUGUCUAAGUUUCUGAGAUAGAAUUCUGUUUUACGUCAUUUUUAAUAGCCUCUUUAAAAUGAGCCUCCAGAAAAUCUGGAGCUCAUAAAUGCAUUCUGCCACAUUGAUGUUUUAGUAAAUUGGGAACAUUGACAUAGCUACAGGGCCACUUAACACGUUACACAUGCUAGCAGUUCUGAUUUAAUUAAAGUUAUUUACCGUGUACAUUUGUACAACAUAACCAUCGUGCUGAGUUGGAUAUGUGCACUUUCUACCCUGGAAUGAGAUUUAUAAACUUUUCCUCUUGGUUUUUCAUCCUGCUGUAAGGGAUGUUUUUGGGUUGGCUUAACAUCCUACAAAAGAGGAGAAAGCCUUUUGGUUUGGCAGAUGCCUUAGAAGGGAAAGGGCUGAAAAUUGAUGACCAAUACCUGGUGGGAGGGGUCAGAAGAUAACCUUGCUAAAGUGCUGUUAUCCUUUUGUUUAUCCCAGACCAAUCUUGGGCUUCUCCAUUUGUUGACUUUGUUGACCCUCUCCUUACUCCCCAUGAAGGUUUAAGUUCAACCAUAGUCUGUCAACUCUUCAGUUUCAGUAGAAUCUUUUGUUUCUGGUUCAUCAUAACAAGAAAUUGUUCUCUCAAAUCCA